AUGGCCUUGAGUUUCUGGAUACCAGCACUUUCUAAAGCGUGCUUCUCCUCAUCAGAAACGCCGCAGGUUGGUGUGAUGUCUCCCACCAGGCCUGCAGAGGGGGCAUUGGCCAUUCGGACCACGAUCUGGUCCCCUGAGCAGCAGAGAGAUGUCCCUGGCGACGCAGCGUACUUCUCCAUAGCAACCCCACCAAUACACCUGUCAUUGAACGCAGAGCAGAACUCACUCUCAGCGAUGUCGUGCACCAGUGCGAGUCUCAUGCACCUGUGCAUCAGGGGAUUGGUGGCUGCUUGUGUGAGGUUUUACUGGGAUGCCAUGCUGAGGGCACCGCUCUGCCAACAUGAUGCAUCCCAUCUUCUUCAAGACCAUACCUGUUGUAGUCAUACCCUGUUCCAGAGAGGAGGAGGGACAUUACCCCCAUCCUGUACAUGUGAUCCGCGAUGCUUUCUGGGCCCUUGA